AUGGAGGAAAAAGGGGAGCACGUUCAACUCCAAGCUGUCUCCGAUACGGAUUCGCCCGUUCUCCCCCCAGCUCUUGCUCGUAACUCAGACCAGCCGGAAGAUGACGACUACGACCCACACCUGCAUCGGCAACUCGCCAACCCAACUAACAACCUAGAAACGCUCGUACACUUGCUCAAAUGUAGCCUGGGUACUGGGAUCCUGGCCAUGCCGCAGGCGUUCGCCCGUGCCGGUUUGAUUCCCGGCAUACUCGGCACUGUAAUCGGUGGAUUACUGGUGACUCACUGCCUGCGCGUCCUGGUACGGGCGCAGUACGCUGUUUGCCGUUCACGACGAGUGCCCCAGCUGCCGUACCCGGAGGCGGCCGCAGCAGCACUUCAGCAGGGUCCUCGUGUACUGGCAGGUCUUGCAAGACCUGCAGCUUUGACCGUGGAUCUCUUUCUGGUGGUCUACCAGCUCGGCAUCUGCUGUGUGUAUAUCGUCUUUAUUGCGGAUAACUUGAAAAAGGUAAUCGAUCCAGUUCUAGAAGUUUCUGUGGAGAUGCAUAUGUUAUUUAUCUUGUUGCCGUUGAUCGCGUUCAACUUGAUACCGAACCUGAAGAUUUUAGCACCGUUCUCUGCGCUGGCUAACGUUCUCAUCUUCGUGGGUAUAGGCAUCACGGUAUACUUCCUGCUGUCAGGCGAAAAGUCUUCGAAGCCACUGGAUCUCUGGGGCUCUCCGCACACAUUUCCUCUCUUCUUCGGGACUAUACUGUUCGCUCUUACUGCCGUUGGAGUCGUGAUAGCUGUGGAGAACAACAUGAAGACACCAAAAAGUUUUGUACAAACGUGUGGCGUCUUGGACAUAGCCAUGUUGCUCAUCGUGCUUUUGUAUGUUGCCCUGGGCGUGCUUGGCUACCUAUUUUGUGUCUCUGACUGCAGUGACUCCAUCACCCUGGAUCUACCCAAGGGACCGUUGUCGGCGAGUGUCAUAGUGAUGUUCGCAGUGGCAAUUUUCAUCAGCUACGGUUUGCAUUGUUACGUGCCCGUGGAAGUGGUUUGGCGCGGCUACCUGUUGCCACGAUUGGAGAAAGCCUCAGUGUCGCCAUCUCGAACUCGUUUGGCGGAAUAUGGCCUACGCGUCGCUCUUUGCCUCUUGACAUUCGUGCUAGCGGUGUCAAUUCCAAGAUUGGGCCUAUUCAUCUCGUUGUUUGGUGCUUUGUGCCUCUCAGCCCUCGGUAUCUGCUUCCCAGCGCUGAUGGAAGCUUGCUUAUGGUGGGGGAGGCGUGGAACUGGUUCACGUGUUGUUUACUUGGUGCUAUUAAAGGAUGUGGCUCUUGGAGCGAUUGGAAUGCUGGCACUGGUUGCUGGAACUUACACAGCGCUUACCAGCAUCGUACGCUCCUUCGCGCCACAGCAAACUGAAUGA